AUGUCGACUAAUAAAGAAAACGUUAAACCAAAAAGUAAAAUACCCGUUUUAAAAGAGAAAUCCACAUUUCGUCAUGUUAAAGGCAAAAUUGAAUCUUCUAUCGCUGAAGUUCAAAGGGAUCCUUUGAGGACUAUAGCAACUGUGGACAAAAAUUGUGUUUCUGGGCCAAGUCGAGAUAUUCCUAUAUUUGAUACACGAUAUGUUACUUACAGAGAUAACAAAGAAGAGUUAGAUUGGAAAUUUGAGGUUUUUGGAGGUAGCUCACACAGAGCACUUAAAAAUGUACCUCAAGAAAAAGUAAUAUCAGGAAGCUCUGUUAAAAAUACACUAACACCUUACGUCUCAUCACAGUCGGUUAAGAAGAAAGUGAAGAAAAGUCUUAAGAGGCCACAUUCUAUUGGUAUACGUGAUAUUGCAUCUCCGAUAGCAACCGACAUUCCGGUAUCACCUCCUUUGCUCAACAUUGAAACAAAACCGGCAAACUUUAACUAUCCACAUGAACUCCAACGUUCGUACAUCGACCCCCUAAGCAGACAUUACGCUUUUGACAACCUAAAAUAUUUACUAAGGACUGAAAAAAAAAUGGAAGAACAACCUGGAAUCCGAAGUGCAUCCCGUGCUUGUGUUAUUAAUUGGAUUGUAAAAAUUCACAUUUCGUCGGGCAAUCCAGCGGUAGUACAGCAGGCGUGUUGGUACUUAGAUAAAUACCUGAGCAACGCAUGGGUGACAAUACCUAGGCUUCAGGUAAUUGCCGCGGCGUGCCUCUGGAUCGCAACUAAAUUCUACGGUGGCUAUAUAUCUGGCAAAAGAUUGGUCAAGUAUUCAGGCCACGCAUUCAUUGAAAAAGAGUUAAUUGCUGCUGAGAGACAUAUAUUAAGAAAAUUGAACUUCCAAGUGCAAACCGUGGUGCCACAAGACUUCGUUCCCUAUUUUUCGUUGAGGUGCGGUUGGAUGCACUGUGCUGAUAUAGAAGCUGCGGCCACCUUUCUGUGCCUGUGUGGCUUGAUGGUGGAUAAGACUUUGAACAAAGAGUACCCUUCAGUUGUUGCCGCAGCCGCCGUUAAGAUUUCCCUUGUGCUCCUUCAUAAAACCACGUGUAUGGAUCAACUACAGUCAUGUCAUAUUUACAAAGCAGCAGAGAAGAAAUCAAGUAAUUUAACGAAAACGAGCGACCAGCUUUACGCCGCCAUACGUGUGAUACGAUCUGCAGGUUACGAAUACAAAGCAUUGAUAGGCAAAUACGCGGGUCCACCUAGUUUUAUAGUUAGCAAAAUAUUUAAAGACAUCUGAUACCACAACUUGUUAAUUUAGUUAUGAUAAUUGUUUCUACGUUACAAAUAUAGUCCAAUUGCGGGCGUUUUCUUGAAGCUAGUUAACAAUUUAAAUGUGUUUUAACGAAGAUAACAGAAUAUGAAUUUGACGUCACAAAUGUAGAUAGAUAUUAACCACAGGAUAUUAGGAAAAAAAUUUAAAUCGUGGUUAUAAUUGAUAGUAGAAAAUGUUGCCUAUUAUUUCGGUAGGUUAUAAGGGAGUCACCACACUUCUCGACACGUAUUCGCAUUAAGCCGAUUAGAAAAACUUUUAUGCCUAUAUAAAAAGAGCGAAAACGACGUGCGUUUAGCGUCUCUGAUCCGAGCGGAAGCGAAACGCGCAAUGUCUUUUCCGCUUUUAGGUAUUGCA